AUGCCUCACUGGCCAUUUUCAUUCGCCUCCCUCACGAACAAGGAUGACAGAGUCCCUUGGAAUGCGGCAAUCAUCCCAUACCUCGAACUCAAGCAAGUCUUUGAAACAGUGCCACCUCUCACCAAGAGCCAGGCAAAGUAUGAUGACCCUCCAGAAGUCGACUACUUUACCCAAUUCGUCCGACUAAAGCUCUAUCUGGAUGCCAAGCUUCUUGAUGAGAAUAGCCGAGUGUGGAAGGAGUUGCAAGAAGCAGACCCGGGCUUUAGAAAGAUCUUGCACAUCCACCGCUUUGCAGUUUACGGCUCGGACGUACUUGAGGAAGGCUUUCCCGAGGAGUGGAGAGAUGAGAAAUGGUUCGCAAACUGGGCCCGUGUAAACGUCCUGACCCAUCUUAGAAUUCUCGAUGAGGAAACGUUGAAGAAAGGAACCGACGUUAUUCUACACACGAAUUACGUAAAGAAGUGGGAAUGCGAAGAGAAAAAGCACAAGGCCAACCUCGAGAAACAGAGACGGGCGGGUCUUUCGAAGGAGGAGCUCGCCCUUGAGGACAAGCAGAAUAAGUGGGAGAAUAAGCUAGCCAAGGACGUGAAGGACCUAGUCUACAAAAACUCAAAGGCACUGCUCGAAAACUCAAAAGAGAUUACGGCGAGUCUUGACGAGGAGAAGCACGCCAAAUAUCAGAAAGAAGAUUGGGAAGCUCGCUGGGCCGCCCAUAUGAGGCACCUGGAACCCAAGGGUACAAUUAGCUCGAGGGAGAUCUCUGAGAGGGCAGAGUACGCUCGUAGCCAGUCACUAAGAUGGGAGGCGCAAAGGAAUGAGGAGUGUGAGAAGCUGCAUAGUCUCUUGAAGGAGCAGGACAAGCUGUUCAAAGAGAUAAACUUUGAGACUGUAUUGUUGACGAUAUUGCUGUCAUUGCCUGAAGAGAUCGCUGACCAUAUGGCUCUUAAUCUGGAACGCUGA